CGUUGGCAUGCCACCUGCCUGUCUGUCUGUGUCAAAAACAAGUUGUUUAACCACACUAGGUUAAUUUGAUCAUUGCACGUUUUAUGCAAUGUAACUGAUAUUUGUGGCGCACAGACGGACGUGUUAAUUAUUAUUAUAGUGUAUGUAUAUUGCCAUCACCACGACCGUCUGCAACAGAUAAACUGAGCGCGAGAUGCCACGCACGUGUGCUUCCAUUUACGAUGUGAAUGGCGUGAUCUGUGACCGCAAGAUCCUGACCAUCUCUACCCUGAUUGGACAGCAGUACCCUGAGCUUGGCCACAAGCUGGGACUCACAAAGGCUCAGCUGGUAGAAAUAAAGGCCGGCGCACCCGAUAACCUUCAGCACCAGGUUUUUCACACCUUGGACCUGUGGAGGCAACAACAGGGAAUAGAGGCCACGCUGGAGAGACUGAACAAAGCCCUGAAGGAAUUGGGAUGGAUUUCGGUGCUUACGCAAAUCAGAAACACUCCAGACAAUUUCUAUGUUGUCGUCUAAAGUAUUCAAGGUUAAGCUGCACUAAGGCUUCACCUCUGAAGUGGGGUCAAUAUUAAGUCAAGUGCCGAAGAAUUUAAUCAGCACAGCCCAACCCUUACCCAGCCUUAGAAAAAAUGGGAUUUAUCAGUACUGUGCGGUAUGAGCGCCUGAAACCUCAACAUAGUGAAAAAAUGCAAUGCAACAACGAGUAUGAAAUCAGAGUGUGUUAUUGGCUUCCUGCACAGUGAAAAAUUUGGGAGGAUUCAGCAAGGAUGCUUCAGAUGUGUAAAGGUGUCAAGGAGUUGCAUGACGUUGCAAAGCCAGUCCAUAGCGACAAAAAAGUUUGUCACAGUAAACAGCAUUUAUUCUGUUACUCAAGUUGUCUGAGACAAUUUUGAUUUGAUAUCUUAUUAACUCAUCAAAAAAGAGUCAGGUUGGCGUAGUUGUUCUUUCCUCGCCUUCCACCUCUGUGGUCCAGGUUCGAUUCCUGGCUCGGUCCACAUGUGGAUAGGGUUUUCAGUCCGUACUUGAUUACAUGAGUUUUACCCAGAAUAUUCCUCAGGGGUUUACCCCCCACCUCUAAAACUGUAACUGCCACUCAUUUCAGUCUGCCUGAGUCUUCAAGUAUGAAGUUAGCACAUCAUUGGAAGAAGAUGUACAGUAUUUACAAUAGAAAUUUUAGGGUCCACCUUUGACUUUUUUUCAAGCUGCUAGUACUUUAUCUGGAAAUUUUCCUGGCAUCACCAAGAGUAAUCUACAGAAGACCAGAGACAAAGAGAUCUAACAGCCAUAUACUUGUCGUGGGUCAGCCUUAUGCAGUUUGUCACAGCAGAGAACCACAAAAUUUUGUCUGCAUUGCAAGUUUGGUGUUAGAAUGAGUUUCAACUUAGAUAUGUCACAUUUUGUAAAUACAUGUAUAAAAUUAACAACAAAAUUAUUCAUAUCACUUACAAAUUUUAGGUUUUUUUAUUUUUCUGAGGAAUGAAAGGUGAUCAUAUAAUAUUUGGGCCAUAUUUGAAUACUUUAAGCUGUCAGGUAUAAACGGCCUUGGUUUUAUCUCAUUUGCCUAACAGAGAAUGCAAUAUUGUUUAAAUUCUUACAUGUUCAGAAUUAUUCAUACCCUUUACCUAUGAGCCCUUAUUCUUGAUUGCAGCAUCCAGGCACUUUGUGUAGCUGUUCAUGAGGGUUUGACACAGCUCCAUGGCAAUCUUGGCCCAUUCUACCGUGGCGAAGACCUUCAGCUUUUUCUGGUUGGGGGACCUGCGGCAUGCACAUUAGACUUUAGGGUUUUCCACAGGUUUUUGAUGAGUUUCAUGCCUGGGCUUUGGCUUGGCCAUGGUAGCACCUCCAUGUUGUUAAUCCUGGAACAAUUUCUUGACUGCCGUUGCCAUAUGUUUAGGAUCAUUGUCCUGUUGGUACGUUACAUGUAUGUCCAGUUGAGGCUAAGAUGGAGAUUUUCUGCAGACUGCUUGACAUUGUCCUGCAGAACCUUGAUGUACUACUUCUUUAUAAUUCCUUCCACUUUUACGAGAUUGCUAGGCCCACUUGCAGAGAAACAUCCCCACAACAUGAUGCUUCCAAGUCAAAACUUCAAAGUGGGCAUAGCGGUCUUUGGGUUGAAUGUUUCACCUUUCUUGUGCCAAACGAAGGAAACAGCCAUGUGUCCAAACAGCUCCAUUUUCGUCUCGUCUGACCAUAGAACUGAUGCCUAGAAACUUUUAUUCUUGUCUCAGUGUCCCCUGGCAAAUGUUGGUCGAGCAUUUCGAUGCCUGUGAGGAGAGGGGUCUCUCUUGGACGACACCCAUGUAGCCCUUCCUUGUGCAGUGUGAAGUGGAUUGUCUGUGUUGAAAUCUUGGUGCCCAUCUCACCCAGAUUUUCCUGAAGUACCUUGAUUGUUCUGGGGUUGGAAAGGGCCUCACGGCACACUUUCCUAACCAGCCGAGGAGACAUGUCCGGCUUCCGUCCACGCUUGUUGAUGUUUUUCACAGUACUGAAACUCUUAUACAUGUACAUGUACUUCUUGAUGAUGCAACGUACAGUGGAAAUUGGUACUAUGAAGAGCUUUGAAAUAGCUUUAUAGCCUUUCCCAUCUUUAUGAGCACUCACAAUGCUCGUGUGGAGAUCCCUGCUGAGUUCCGUAGUUUUUGGCAUGUUCACAACAACUGAGGAAGACUCCACGAUUGUACUUUUAUUUAUUCUCUAAAAGAAGAGUACUGACAAUGACAGUCCACAAAUCUAAUGCAAAAGAUAGUAUUCAUAACAGAUUCCUGGAGGAUGUAUGCAUUGUUGCAUUGUAUAUUUAUAUGCAGAAACCUAAGAAUAUCUGGAGCAUGUGCAUUUUGGUGGAAUGUGGCCAAAUAUCAUGACAUGCAGAAGGGUAUGAAUAACUCUGAGCAUGUCAGAAUUUAAAUAAUGUAGCAUUCUCUUUUUUGUGCAAAUAGGGUAAAACAAAAGCCUUUGGUCAUUUCUACAUAAACCUGGCAACUAAAGUAUUGAACUAUGUCCCAAAUAUUUGUGCCCACCUUUCGUUCUUCAGAAAAAACACAAAAACCUAGAGGUGUUAAGGGGUGUGAAGAAUUUUGUCGUUAACUGCAGUAGUAUUUUAAUGUGUGUACAUGUUUGUUUUAACGGUAUUCGGAUACAAAUUCUAAUGUGACCCCUUGAUCUGGGUUUUGUGUGGCAAAAACAGUUAUGCUUCCUGUUCUCUUGUCAAUUUGAGUUGCUGAUACCGUGUUGAAAUGCAGUUUGACCACCUUUAAGCUUCUUCUCAGUACUUCCUGCAAAAGUCUGGGGGAGAUUGUGAUACAAUUACAGCAUCAAUUGAAAUUGUUUCACAGUUGGUCUUGGGACAAUGCUUGACGGUGGAACCGUGUGAAAUGUUUUAGGAGGGAGUGGGUUCUGAAUAAAAGCGGUGAACUCAGUCUUUCGAACAGUA